UGAAUAUUUUUCUUUUUUGUUCACUCGUCCUGCUUCUGCCCUUUCUUUCUUGAUCCCCCCAUCUUUCUUCAAUACAUACAGUGCUCUGGCUUGCCUAUUUGCCCUCCCUCUUCUUAUUUGUCAUCCCUAGUAUGGCACAUUAUGGUUUCAGCAAUGGGCUUUGGCAAACUGUGCGACUUCAUUGCCAGACAGUUGAAGUUGAAGCCCGAGAGGGAACAGAGCAGACUAAAGGACAGCCCUAUGUCUUACUUCAGGAUGUAGAAGAUAUUUUUCCAGGGGCUAUUCGGCUACAAUGCGGAAAGCGUUCGCUUGGAUUCAUGGUUGACGGUGAUGGGAAUAGGUUGAUACCGCUGCGCGUCCGUUACCUGCCCAAGACAACCUUGGAGGUCGUACUCAGGUCUGACCUACAGUUGCCGAUGCGGAUACCCAGUCAAAGGCAUGUCAGGAAUGCGAAGGCUAUUGAAUUGCUCCUUUCUUCGUGCCAAUCCAGCUACUCCUCUCCUCCCUCUCCCACUGUGCUUAUAUCCCCUCACCACGAGAGCAAAGCAAGAUUUGAGUCAUGUCAGCUGCUACAUAAAGGCACUAUUCACUCCAUUCUUCACACGGUCAUACCGCCAUUGCACCCCCAUGCACAGAGUCACUUGCCGAUAUUUGAUGAAGAGAAUAUUAACCUGCAAUCAUCCAAUCAGCAUAAUUACUCUACUUCCAUUAUUGAUGCACACAUUCUUUCCCUUGAGGCUUCCGACUUUCCUUCGGCCUUACCCAAUGAGGAACUCAAAACACAAUAUUUAAAAUCCUUGUCUUUUUAUGAAUCUUUUAUACGUUACUCCGAUGCUGGCCGAAUGGAGCAAGCCAAUACAGCAGGCAAAGACUUCCGGUGGCAAUUUGACUUUUUGAGGUUGGCAAUGGCUCAGCAUCAAGGUCUGCAAUAUCGCUUGCUUCAAAUGCAACAAACGAUUAAACAGAUACAAAUUGAGUCUAUUGGAAGGCUUAUCACAAUCCAAAACAAUGCUUGGGAUAUUCUUUUUCAUUACAACGAUGUCGAGCUACACGAGAACCCUGGUCCUAGACUGUUUAUCGUUCUACCAAAAAGCACUUCAUUGCCACAGAACCACAGUAGUGGUGAAGGACAAGCGCUAAGGCCAGAAGAUUUUCGAUUGUAUUUCCUUUGUGAAUGUGGGGAACAAACCAUACAGGCAUGCUUAUAUAACAACAGCAACGCCAGCAGCGAUAGCGAAGGUACUGGAAGUCUUGCCAGGCCUAUUACCAAAAGCAGCUAUAGUCCCAUUAGCGGAAGCAACAAGAGGUUCGCCUGGGGCUCCAGCAAUCUCAAUAGUAACGACAACCUCAGCGGUGGUGAAUCCCCCUAUUGUACCUCCGCCUGUAGUGCUAGCGAAAACACAAUAACUAGUGGCCAAGACCAAAGCCAAGGUGGUUGGCUAUCGCACCAUAUCCAUGUAGCAGAGCAUGAAGGCUAUGACCUGGAUAACCCCUUCGGAUUUUUUCAAGAGUUUGGUCAAUAUACCCUUGUAUUACUUCAGGUGCUCAAGUACGGCAUUGUCACGGAUGAAUGUACCAUUCCAUCACUCGCUACAUACGCUGGGGAUGAUAGUAGCAGCAGCUUCAGCAGCAGUGGCGCAGCCAAGAUGGCCAAGGACGUCGAUGGGAGUAAUCUCGAGUCUUCGGUAAAUCGUGCUAUCGAAUUCCUACAAUCAUGGGCUACUAAAAACGGUUCUCAGACUUACGUCAGCGGACCGCAGCAACAGCUGGCGGGGGCACAUGGCAAGCGAAAGAAUAUGCUCAGUAAAUUACGAUCAUUUAUCAUAUUGAGCGAAAAACAAAAAAGUGAAGCAUUGGGAAAUCUAUACAGAGUUCCAACAAGUGAGGGCUUCACCAGAUGGAUAUGUUUGGACCAUUAUUACAACCGUUAUAAUAGCGCAGCUAUCAAGGAGCUUCAAAUCCUUGCAGCAAUCGAUGGCGGCGCAUUUGAAGAACACUAUGGUCGAGUUACUAUAACGCUGACAUCAGCUGUCGAUGCCACACAGUUCUACAAGGCACUGGAGAGGACGCGGUCGAUCCUGGAGCUCAACCUCACCCUAGACUGGAAUAUUAGCUUUUCAGAAGCCAAAGUUCUUCGGGACGCCAUUAGCCAUUCCAGCAUUGCGAUCCUCCGUCUUGCUUGCACAGCAUCCACUGCGCCUACGGAGAUGUUCAGCCGAUCAAAACGAGCGAACCCUAUCUGGCAAAUGAUAUCAAACCCACGCUUGAGCUCUUUCUCACUCCAGCGUUACUCGGGAUUUUUUACAAAAGUCAGCUCACCUGUCUACAUGAAUCAACUACAAUCCCUAUCUAUUUCCGACGAAAUCGAAUGGAGCAACAACUCGUCGAGGAUCAUUGAGCUACUUUCAGCUAGCCCUCACCUCAUUGAGCUGAUGCUAGCCACAAGCACCAAAGUCUAUGAGACGUAUCAAGCCAUCAGACUUACGGCCUUGAAGUGUUGCCCUGUGCUGGAAAGGCUUACCAUUAGGGCGAGCAAGGUUGAAAAGCUAACGACCAGCUUAGAACAUGGGCAGGUCAUUACUGAUAUGGACGUUGUCAUCCCUAGUCUUGGCCCUUAUAGCUCUCUCUUCGAAAGCGGUAGCCCUAUAAGAUACCUCCAUAUUACUUCGCGCACCAGCUUCCAGGGUGAUGGCGAACUCUUGUUGAAGCUUAUCUGUAGGAGUAAUACUUUGACGGACCUUAGGGUUUGUUGCUAUGUAUCAGAGUUUCACAGUUUUUAUACUACGGUCCGACGUGGCGUCACAGAAAAUAUCAUGGAUACAAAAGGACUAUCGACAAGUUUGAAAAGAGUCUGCCUUUACCGCGGCAGCAAUCAGCUUUACACAGCAGACAUUAUGGAUCCAGAGGCGGUGUGUUUAGAGCUUCUGCAAAUAAAUGUAUAUAAAGGGCCCAUGCUCCAUUUGAUCCAGAGAUAUGGCUCUAAGCUCACAAAGUUAAAGAUCGACGGUCCUCAAUGGAUGGCUGCCCAUUCCACAGCACUGCUGGAAUCUGUCUCUCAAAUCUUACCCUCGUCCCUAUCAUCAUCACCAACACUAUCAUCGUCAUCAUCAGCGUCUUCGUCUUCGCCAUCGCCAUCAUCGUCCCUGUUGCUGUCACUAUCCACACCAACGCCGGCAUUAUCUCUAUUUCCGCUAAAUUCGCCUCUUCGCCCACGCCUGGAGGAGCUUUUUUUGACAGUCUUGAAUGUGGAUGAGAGCAUACUAGAGGAUCUAAGUGCUGUGAUCAACCAAUCAGAGCAACUCAGGGUUUUCAAGCUGUUAGUGGAUCAACCUUUCAAGGAGGAUAUUCAUCGAUCGAUGUGCUGGAUAGAAUUUAUGAAAAAAACCGUAGAGAAAUUAACGACGCUGAUACUAUCUUGCAAGGAUCCUAAAGACUGGAUGGAUGCUUUCGAAACUACUUUCUCCUCUGUUUCACCUUGCACCCGUUUCAGAGCUCUAGAGAACAUAUUGUUCGCACAACCACCACGAUCGAAACUUGAUCGAACUUUAACCGUCUUACUCGAUGAACAAUACACCUGGAGCCUUGAGAAAUAUAAAAAAUAAACAAAGCAUAGUGCAUUGGCUACUCAAAACGACCAAUGUGUUUAAGCAGAAUGCAUUAACUAUAG